GCUCAGCUCAUGGCGUCGAGGCGCUGUGCAUUGAGAAAAACAAGCUGCAGCGAGCGUUUUUCAGCCUGAACCGGAUAAUGCUCUGAAUUUAGGACAAAGCAGCAGUCAACUGGAGGAGCUGGAGAGUCGCCUUUUUUAUUAUUAUCCCCUGGCGGUCUACUGCUAACCUACAGCAGCAGCAUUUAAAAAAAAAGUCUCAUCGCAGACAGGCUGGUAUCGCCGGACCCGGUGUCAUAUUUAUUUGCAGGUUUGGUGGUCAGAAUAAUAAUAAUAAUCAUAAUAAUAAGAGCUGCGGGUUAUUCCCUUGAGUCAGAGGCGGCGGUGGAGAGAGGCUGAACUGGGUGCAGUUUUGGCAGAGGUUCAAGUGAUUAAAUUAAAAAUAAAAAAAAGCAGUGAGUGACAGAGGCUGCAGUAAGCUGGAGGUGGGGGGAGGUGGGGGGGUCUGUCGAAGAAAUCAAGUCAAUAGAAACUGAAGUGGAAGCAGGCGUUUAGAGCUCCGUGGUGACGUCACUGCUCCACAUUGAGCCUGUAGUAGAGUCAGUGGAGAUAGAUAGAGGAGCGCCGUAGUAAAGUACACACCGACAUGAACUUCUCCCUGUGAAACUUCACCGUUGUUGCUGCGAAAGUCGGGAGAGGACGAGUUUACACUUUUUUUUCUCUCGACGAACGGAACUUGCUCUUUCUUCGUUUUUAAAGGGAGCUCGGACGACAAACGGGACAAGAAGACACAUUUUUUGGGUUUCUUUUCUUGGGGGGUCGACGACGAGCGCUAUGUCGUCCGCGGCGGUCGCUGCUUCUUCCAGGAGGCAGUCGUGUUAUUUAUGCGACUUGCCCCGCAUGCCCUGGGCUAUGAUCUGGGAUUUUACCGAGCCCGUCUGCAGGGGAUGUGUCAACUAUGAAGGAGCAGACCGCAUUGAGUUUGUCAUCGAGACGGCCCGGCAGCUCAAGAGGGCUCACGGGUUUCAGGAGGGCAGGUCUCCCGGGCCGGGGAAGUCGCAGCUCUCCGGGAAAGAGAUCCAGGCGAUCAACCACGCUGCGGCGGGAGACCCCGGCUCCCGGCCGCCGCAGCCGCUGGACCGCUACCCGCUCUCCUCCGACCGCCCGCCCAGGCUGGGUCCAGAAUAUCAGUCUGGCAGGCAGGCGAACGGCAUCCCCGUCCCCAAUGGAUUUCCUAAGCCCGACGAGCCGCCAGAGCUGAACCGCCAGAGCCCCAACCCGCGCAGGAAUAGCACGGUCCCCCCGAAUCUAGUGCCUUUGGUUAACGGGAGCAUGCCCCCGGUGCACGCCGUCAACGGGAGACCGGGCCAGAUGGGGCUUCCCUCCGCACUGGCGGGCGGUAGUCCCGCCGACCUGGGAAAGAGACCCGCCUCGGUCUCAAGCACCGAGCACGACAGAGAGGUGAAGGAGAAGCACAGACCGGACAGUCUCACGCCGGAGAUCUCUGAGAGCCACAAAAACAGGGCAGACCCGGAAUGGAUGAGCAAGGGCAAAACGGUGAGGGACCUGAUGGCUCUGCACCCUUUCGACAACAGGUUCAAGAAGGACCAUGCGGCCAUGCAACAAAGGGUUAUGGGCUAUGAGGCCAGCGCCACGGCUUCCAAGUCAGACAGAGGAAAACACCCCCGAAGCAUGAAGAGAAAAGCAUCUCCUGAACCAGAAGGAGAGGGGACAGCUGCCAAGAUCAAUGGAGAAGGACAGCAGUGGUUACCACCACCUACUGACGGACUGAAAAUGCCACCAGUUCCCCCGCCAAGCUUCGCCUCUCCCCCUUCCACAAUAUCCCCCCACUCCCGCACCACCCCACCUGAAGCGGCCCAGAAUGGCCAGUCCCCCAUGGCGGCACUCAUCAUGGCAGCAGACAAUGCAGGUGGGAACAGCUCUCCCAAGGACGCAAACCAAGUCCACUCUACCACCCGGAGGAACAGCAGCAGUCCCCUGUCGCCGUCCUCCAUGAAUCAGAGGAGGCUGGCGCAGAGAGAUGCAUCUGGUGCAGGCACCCCCCACGUGCCAGGCAUGGACCAAGUGCACCCCCAAAGCAUUCCGGACUCCUCGGUACCCGGCAGCAUACCCCUGUGCUGCACGCUGUGCCACGAGCGUUUGGAGGACACACACUUUGUUCAGUGCCCGUCUGUGCCCUCUCACAAGUUCUGCUUCCCGUGCUCGAGGGAAAGCAUAAAGCAGCAAGGUGCUACGGGUGAAGUGUACUGUCCAAGUGGAGAGAAAUGUCCCCUGGUUGGCUCGAACGUACCAUGGGCUUUCAUGCAAGGAGAAAUCGCCACCAUCCUUGCAGGAGAUGUCAAAGUAAAAAAGGAGAGGGACCCUUGAUUUUAUUUGAAAACUUCUUUGGGGAGGGGAAGCAAAAAUAUGAGUAUAAAUAUAUAAAUAUCACAUACAUACCAUUCAAACAAACUAACGGACUUGUACAUAUUGGACCCAAGGGAAGAGUAUACUUCGUAAACAUGGUUGUAUAAUUUUUGAUUUUUGAAUACAUUGUGUUUCUAUAUUUUUGAAGAUAAAGGUAUGUACUCAUUAUAAUGGACUACGUUCCUCUUUGUUGAUGUUUAACAAAAUUCUUGAUGUACUUCUAGGUCUGGUGGCAGUUCCUGUUUAACGUAGAAUGUGACUAAUGCUACUCUACGAGCACUUGGCAAAACUGAAAUGCUUUUAGCUGUACUUGUAUGCACUUGUUUAAAAAUUGCCAAAUACAAUUUCUGAUCUUGUAUGAA